CAUAGUUUGGAGACCACAGCUGCAAUUAUGUCUUUGCAUCGUUUUGGUUUUAUAGUUCCUCUACUGGACACGUUUUCCAUUUUCGCUUUUUGACAUUUCGACUAAAAAACAGUACACAAUCCCACCAAACUCCAAGGCAGAAGUCUUCGAAGACCUAUCAUCUCUGUUAUUCUAUUACCGAUUGGAUCCAAACAAAGGAUUUAAUGGAUCAUUGGUAUUUUCUAGGAUUCUUGCUUCUUAUUUUGCUUCAACUCUGUUUGGUUUCAGCUGAGAUCAAUGGAUCGGUGCUUGAAAUGAAGAGAGGAACUUCUUCGGUUCCAUUUGAUCCCACUCGUGUUACUCAACUCUCAUGGCACCCUAGGGCUUUCCUUUACAAAGGAUUUUUAUCAAGUGAGGAAUGCGAUCACCUUAUUACUCUGGCUAAGGAUAAAUUAGAGAAGUCAAUGGUGGCGGAUAAUGAAUCAGGUGAUAGCAUUGAGAGUGAAGUUCGAACCAGCUCUGGGAUGUUUCUUCAGAAAGCUCAGGAUGAAGUAGUUGCUGAUAUCGAAGCUAGGAUUGCUGCAUGGACCUUCCUUCCAGUAGAGAAUGGGGAGUCCAUGCAAAUACUACAUUACGAGAAUGGUCAAAAGUAUGAGCCACAUUUCGAUUAUUUUCACGACAAGGCUAAUCAAGAGCUGGGCGGUCACCGUAUAGCCACUGUACUGAUGUAUUUGUCUGAUGUUGAGAGUGGUGGGGAAACUGUGUUUCCAAAUGCAGAGGGAAAACUUUCUCAGCCAAAGUAUGAUAGCUGGUCAGAUUGUGCAAAAGAUGGAUAUGCAGUGAAACCCAGAAAAGGUGAUGCAUUACUAUUCUUCAGUCUUCAUCUUGAUGCAACAACUGAUUCCGACAGUUUGCAUGGAAGUUGCCCAGUGAUAAAGGGUGAGAAAUGGUCUGCAACAAAAUGGAUCCAUGUCAGGUCAUUCGAUACGGCAAAGUGGCAGUCUGUAAAUAGAGAUUGUGUUGAUGAGAAUGAGAAUUGUGCUACCUGGGCUUCAGCGGGUGAGUGUGAAAAGAACCCUAGUUACAUGAUUGGUUCUGAAGACUAUUACGGAUAUUGUAGGAAGAGUUGUAAGGUAUGCUCCUCGUAGAAAGUCGUUUCCCUGGCUGUUUCCCAAAGAUCAAUGGUUAAAGCUUUAAUAGCUGUAUAUACUGACACAUUUUUGAGUUAUGCUCGAUGCACGCACAUUUUUGAGGACUUGAAUCUGUGAAGUUUCAUAUAUUAUAUUGAGGAUGUUUAUUGGUUAUUAUA